GUAUAAUGGAUUACCAGGUAAAGCCUUUCUCCUUCCAUCCAAUGUCUCCAUCCGCGAUUUGCCUUCUCACCUUUCUGUAUGGCCACCAGUGUGUCCCCUUCCCAGGUGACCAGGGUCUGCGAAAAUGUGAAACUAAUCGUAAACAUCUGGAAUUGGCCUUGUUUUUAAUAGCUCUGUAGGUUUACAACAUUUUACAAAUCAUUAUAUCAUAUUUGAUCAUGAUAUUAGCAAAAGAUUUGAGCAUGCUUGGUUUAACAAACAUUUACCAUAAACUGAACCUUUUAACAUACGCUGAAUUACACAAGUAGAAAAUGUAAACACAAACAAAAAACAAUCUGGGGUAACUGUCUGCAGGAUAAAUAACAUUAGAGGAUGUUAAUAAUAAAUCGUACCUUUAGGAUCCGGUUGUCAAGUCCCUUGGUAAAUUCUUCCGUUUCAACUCCAACAGUAAAGCUGAACUCAUAGGACUUAAAGGUGCUCUGUGUCUUCAUCAUAAAGUUGUCCCCAUUCUGGAUAAUGAUCUUUGCUGGACUGAGGUGGGAACCAAUCUUACGGAGGGUAAAGUCAAUAUCUGUAACAAAGAAUAUUUGACUUAGAUCCAGUAAAAACGCACAUUAUGCAGUGGUAUCCUGUGAUUUGUUUCUAAUAUCAUAAGUAUGUUAUUUUUCCUAAUUAAGAACAUUGAAUAUACGGGAUUACCCAAUGCUUUGAGAUAAUCCUCCAUAUUUUCACUCAACUCCAGCUCCCAUUUCCCACUCAAAUCUAAAGGCAUGGUUGUGUGAUGAGCUCUGGACUUUUGAAUAGUCUUUCUAGGUCAAGAGACCAAAGCUUUUAUACUUACUGAAAAGUGAUGAAAGAGUUGUCUAACAUAAUACAUGAGUAUGCAGAGGUUUGCACAUACAGUAUGCAAAAAAGUAAUGUAGACUAGAUCAACUAUACGAGGCAUGCAAAAACACAUUUGCAAAUGCGAUCAUACACACGUGGCACAUAUGCCAAACAAAGUAACAAAUGUACUGCAUUCGCACCAUUUUGUUUUUGUUAUUUUCUUGUCUGAGAAGAAUCCCAAGGACUUCGGAAAAUACCAUGGUAUUACCAUGCUACCAUGUCAAAAACACAUAUCUGUCCUUUUUGACAUCUUGAACAUAAUAUUAAAGUGAUUACGGACACGACAACAUAGAACAUUCGAAACACACCCACUGAUGCUGCUGCCAGAGAAACGGGAUGACUGGGUGGAAAGUUGAGGCGGGGGCCACAUAUGUCAUUGUAUUCGUUUUAUUCAUGUGAUUAUGUGAUUAUAUUUUGGUAGUAUUCUUUUGUGUGUUCAUUUUCACAUCAUUUUACGAGGGUAGAUAAGAGAAAAACAACACUGAAUGAUUUGAAUUGGUUGAAUUGACUUGGUUGCAGGCCAGAUUUAAAGUUAUGCUCCCUCCAAAAUUCUGUAAUGAAUUACUCCCUCACUCCAAGUUGUUCAAAACCUGUAUACAUUUCUUUGUUCUUCUGAACACAAAGUAAGAUAUUUGGAUGAAUUAGCAACUGACAUUUGGGACGUCAUUUACUACCAGGGAAAAAUUAAAAUGGUAGUCAAAGGUGCACCAGGUAAACUGUUUGCUUUCCUAAAUUCUUCAAAAUAUCUACUUUUGUGAGAACAAAGAAAUUUAUGCAGCUUUGGAACAACUUGAGGGUGAGUAAAUUUUGGAGUAUCCCUUUAAAUUCAUUACUCAAAUGUGCACCACGACUCUGAAACGUAUUUAUGUAUUUGUGUUUAUUUUUUAUGUGAGUGAUAAAUGCAUGAUGGAUUUAAUAUGCAGUCAGAUUGACAUACCUGAAAGACUAAUACAUCUGAGUUUGCUUUACAGACUGUUACAAACUGUUUAAUCCAAUAUAAUUCUCCAUCCAUCUACCCUCUUGUCCUCUGCAGGGUCGCAGGAGUCUUCUUAAAUGUAAACAUUGGGCCUGAGGGUUUGGCUAGCAAAAGCUCUCCACACCUGCAACGUUUUGGUUGGUGGAGCAGUAAAUAGACCACGAAAAGAAAAAUAACAUCUCAGGAAUAGACUCCUGCGUCUGCUAUGUGUCAUCUAUUCUUACUCUCACCAUAAAGCUUCAAUAAUAAUUUAGUCAGUAAAGCAACACAACACUGACUCCAUUACUUACAGCUAUAUACCUCAUUUUGCUGCAGUGAACAAUUCUCCCUCUCUCUGUGUGUGUGUGCUGUUUGACAGCAUUGUGAUGGCUGUUUGUGAUCAUGUGGCUGCUGGGCUGAAUAUCCCAACAAUUACAAGCUGACACAUUUGUCUAUAUUCACAACGGUUGACUGAAGUUCAUGAGACACGUCGAGCAUUAGAAUUUGCUCCUGUAAAAAAAGGAAAGCCCCACCACAUGUGUAAAUGCUCUUUGAGGUAAUCCGAAGGCUCUAAUUGGUUUAGGAUUACGACGUGCCCCGUGGUUUGAGACUCUCUUCUCAGUCUGAGAGAGACACAAAAAAUAAAGAAUGUCUUCGACAGACAUGAAUGGAUACUGGAAAAUGACAAGCAAUGAAAACUUUGAUGAAUACAUGGAAGCACUAGAUGUGAAUGUUGUCAUCAGAAAAAUUGCCAGCUAUCUCAACUUUGAUAAGGAGAUUGUUCAGAAUGGUGAUCAUUUUAGUAUAAAGACUCUCACCACCUUUAGGAAUUACCACAUGGCGUUUGAUGUUGGAAAAGAGUUUGAGGAGGAUCUUACUGGCAUAGAUGAUAGAAAAUGUAUGACCACAGUAAACUGGGAGGGUGACAAACUGGUGUGUGUUCAGAAAGGAGAGAAGGAAGAAAGGGGCUGGACCCAGUGGGUUAAAGGGGAUGAGUUACAUGUGGAAAUGCUGGCCUGUGGAGUGGGAGUGGAAAAACAGGUUUUUAAGAAACAAGUCCUGGACUAAAUGUGCCUUGAAGAUAGAUAAAAACAUUUGAUUAAGUAUUAUUUUGUACUAUACUGUGAAUGAGAGAGAAUGUCUCUGCAUAUUUAUAACAGUAUAAUGUUUUAAUUGCAGAUGUUUUUCAUUAUUUAAUUUAUUUGUAUCAAAUGUCAAGUCAAAUAUGUUAGCACCAGUAAACAUCUGGAGUCAUCUUUUAGGACAUAACAUGGAUGAUGCUCUAAAGUUACAUUUCUUUUCAAACAUACUGCCAAAGUUCACUUAUAUGUAAUCCCUACUUUUGUUGAAAUAAAAAAAGAACACAGA